UUCAUAUUCAACUUUUGAUGAUAUGGAAGUGUUUUUACAUGGUCUUGGUCUAGAACACAUAAUAGGAUUAUUGAAGGAAAGAGAUAUAGCUUUAAGACAACUUCUGAUCAUGCAAAAAGAUGAAUUAAUACAGAUUGGCAUUACAAAUCCUGGAGAUCAACAAAAACUCCUAGGUGCUAUUAAUGAGCUGCAAGUGGAAGAAAUAAGGAUUGGAGACCUCCCUGAAGUGAUGAAGCUGGAAUUGAGUGGCGAUGAAUUCCUCAAGUUUCUUCAGAAGCUGAAUAAAGAGUGUAGUAAACUGACCGUUCCUCUGCAAACCGUGAAUCAGCAUUUCCUCAAAAAUUCUCACAAGAUAGUACUGCAGUGGGCACCAACUGAAAGUUUUAUUGAAGUCUGCAAAGACUUGGUUUGCAGUGCGGAAAAGCUGGGAGAAGAAGUUACCAAACUGAAGGACCUGGUGGAGAAGCAUGAUCAGAAGAAUGACCCCAGCCGAGUGAAACUUCCAGAAGAAGCACCCAUCUUGGAAAAAAGAUUAGUAAAAAUGGGAGCGGUAACAUUGCUUGGAUUUAGUUUUUUCUUCUUUAUAACUAAGUUAGUGAUAAAGAAAACCUGA